AUGGCGAGUGCUCCACAAAUUACAAAGAAGAAGAAGGCCGUCUUGGACGGAGUUUUCAAGGCGGAGUUGAACAAUUUUCUAAUGAAAGAACUUGCUGAGGAUGGAUACUCUGGUGUCGAGGUGCGCCGCACCCCUGCUCGUGCUGAAGUCAUCAUCAUGGCUACACGCACCCAAUCCGUUCUUGGAGAACGGGGACGUCGCAUCAAGGAAUUGACGUCGGUUGUGCAGAAACGAUUCGGAUUUGAAGAAGGAUCUGUCGAACUCUACGCAGAGAAAGUCUCCAACCGUGGUCUUUGCGCCGUUGCCCAAUGCGAGUCCCUUCGCUACAAACUCGUUGGAGGUCUUGCUGUCCGUCGUGCCUGUUAUGGUGUCAUCGUUUCUGGAAAGCUGCGCGGUCAACGUGCUAAGGCUAUGAAGUUCGUCGAUGGUCUCAUGAUUCACUCUGGACACCCAGUUAAUGACUAUAUCCAACAAGCCGUGCGACAUGUUCAGCUCCGCCAAGGAGUUAUCGGAAUCAAAGUCAAGAUUAUGCUUCCUCAUGAUCCCCGCGGUCAGAUGGGACCCAAGAACGCUCUUCCCGAUCAAGUCCAGAUCCUGGAGCCCCAGCCGGAGACCAACCCCACUGAACCAAGUUCGGAGCACAAGGUUGAGAAGAAGGAAAUGGGACUCCCAAUUGUUCCUCCACCGAUGCAGCCUGUUGAGAGAGUGAUGUCCGAUGGCCAACAAGUGCCGAAUCAAAACCAGGGCGGAGCUCCGUCGCAUUUAAUAGCUGCACUAAUUCACGGGCGGGUCCCACGCAACAAGCAGAUUCAGCAAGGAGGCGGGGGUCCGAUUCGUGUGCAGUUACAACAAGGACGUGGGCCUCCGAUAGUGCCAUAUCCACAGGGCGGUCAGCCAGCUCCACAGCAACUCCGGACGGUCCAGCAAGUAUAUCAACAGCCAUCGAACGGUCCUCCUCAACAACGAAUCGUCCAUCAAAUUGCACAACGCCCAAUGCCGCAACCAAUGAUGCGAGUCAGCAGUACACCACAGCCGGCGAUGCAGAUCGUUCAUACUGGCCCUCCACCACAACCGCAACAGAUUCUAUGA